UUGUCAACUUGUUUCAGGAUAUCCUUCCAGCAAUCUCGAACGAUAUCGCCGCUGCCGCCGUCGAUGGAGUUAGGAGAAGUUAGCCCUGGCCCUGGCCUUCCACGACCACCUGAGCUCGACAGCCUAUUCACCGACGAGGCGUGGGCCUCCCUUAGCGAGGAGAGACGCCGUUUGAUUAUUUCGGAUGACGACGAAGAAGAGAGUCACAUCCAUCAGCUCCGUCAGGCUCGCAAGGAUCGCCGUAUCCGACGCAAGGCCCUGCAGGAAGCUCUGCCGGAUAUGCACCCUGGCAUCAGUCUCGAUUCCAACUUACCACUGUCCAGGGAUGUUCGGGAUUCAGAUCUACUUUUGUGGAUCCGAGAACAUCGGAUCCGUAACCUCUCAGAAUCUCUACUAGGGCCGAUGCGAUAUACUUCCUGCGAACUCCUAGGGAACAGAUGCGCACAUCAUCCUCGUCCUAUGCUACAUUUCUUCGGUAUUUCAGUCAAGUUCUACAGGCAUGACUUGAAGCUUAUGUGUGAUAGCACUAAGCACUCAUAUAUUGAUAUCUAUGGCUUGAUUGCUGUAAGGGAUUCAUUAGAUUUUGCUCGGAACACUAUUUUUCACCGUUCUAGAGAGAACGCUCAACCUAUCGACCUGGAUGGUGGUUAUUUACGUCUGUGCUACCCUGCACGAGGCAUAUCUGCAAUGGGUUGCUUGAUUGAAAUUGAUAUAAAGAUCAAGGGUAAGAAGGUUGAGGAAGAUUUUCCAGUUAUUGAUGGAUCUGUGAAAGCCCGUGGGCAAUUUGAGCCAUGGACUAUUAACCAUGUGGAUGACAUUAAUGGUAAGAUUAUAUUUGAGUCAUGUGUUGUCCGGAAAGGUGUUGAGGCAACUAUAGACCUGGAUUUCAUGGAGGUGCCAUCAGGCGGCUUCCAUGUGCAGAUGUGUGGUAGUACUCUCCGCCAUAAAGCUUUCUACAACUUCAUCAAUGAACGUUGUGACGCUGAAGACUUUAUAGCUUCGCCUGGGAAGCACGGGAAGAAAUUUGUAGCGGCUGUUAAUAUAGGGGAUACACUCCGUAUAGACUUCAGGGAGAAUGGGCGAGAGGCUCUCUCUUUUGUAGCCUGCAAGCAUGGCAACAAGCGCCAGCUCUAUCGAUUCAAUAAUGGAGCUGUGGUCUCUGUGAGAGUGUUUUGGUCAGCCAUUGUCAGCGAUCGGCCAUUUCUAUGAAUAGUGAAAGAAAGUGUGCUGUAGCAUUUGAGUUUAGAAGUUUUGGAUCUUUGCCCCCAAGUUAAUCUCAUGAUCUUUUGCUACAUGCAAGUCUGCGCAAGUACUAGGUGCUUACAGUGUUAAUACUUAUUGAUGCUGAUGACUUGCAUGGUGUAAUCAAACAGUUAUGAUGCUUCGGUGUCGCUCUUGUGUAAUGUCUGUAUUUUAUUAUUUCUACACCUAUGAUUCGU